GAGUGUACUGUUGCUGCCACUUGCUACCUUUCCUUGCUCCGAUCACCUUCCCAUUCUUCAAACGUUUCUGAGCAUUGGUGAGUGUAGCCAUGUCAGGUCCAUCAGGUGCUAAGGUUGGAGAUUUGAUUGAUUUUAAGUGGGGAACUCAGACGGGAGCUGGUGUGAAAAAUAAAGAUGUUAGGUUCUAUGAAUCCUUUGUUUAUGAGGGAGUUGAAUAUUUUCUCUAUGACUGUGCCUACUUUUACCUUGAUCACCAUUUUGAAACUUCUGUUGGUAAGCUUGUGAAGAUGUAUGAGAGACCAACACAUGAGAAGGUGCUCAAAGUUGUCUGGUUUUUUCGUCCCUCCGAAGUUCGCAACUUCUUGGGGGAUUAUCAGCCUCGUUGGAAUGAGUUGUUCUUGGCAUCUGGUGCAGGCAAAGGUCUUUCCAAUAUCACUCCUCUGGAAUCAAUUAUUAGAAAAUGCAAUGUGGUUUGCACAUCAAGGGACAAGAGAAAUACUGAACCAUCUGAAAUAGAGUUGAAGACAGCUGAUUUCUUUUUCAAUUGUGCUUUUGAUGUUGGAAGGCGUGCAAUCCUUGAUAACUUUCCAGAUGUUAUAGGUGGAAUUGAAGUUACAAGUUUCUUUAACAGGAAACAGGAGAGUAAUCCAAGUAAACCUCUCCAGGCUAGGACAAAGACACGACCUAAAACUUUGAUCAACACUAGGAGUGAUCCUUCUGGCAUGUUGUGCCAGCAAAUUGAACAUAAUGCUGAAGUGAGAACGUCUGAGAAUGUUGUGCCAAAGAGUUCAUCGGAUGCUUUUCCAUAUAAAAAGAGGAAGGUUGAAGAUGAAAAUCCAACCCUUAGUCCAAGUCGCGAAUUCCCAAUGGAGAAGGAGUUAGAUGAAAAGGGGGAAAAACUCAGGCAGGAUAAAGGAGUCAAUAGAUGCAGGAAGAUUACUGAGGUGACUAAAGGACCCAAUGCAGAUGCUGAGAGAUCAUUGCAUUCUUUUCCAUAUAAGAAGAGGAAGCUUGGAGAUGAGAAGUUGGUCACUAAUAGAAGAUCAGAUCCGGGAUCAUUAUCACAUUCUUUUCCAUUUAAAAAGGGGAAGAUCAAUAGGAGUUUGAGCAUUAGUCAACCUAACAAAUCCCUUAAGGACAAGGAAUUUGACGAGGAAGUGGCAAAAGUCAGACAGGACGAGAGCAGAGUCAAAACACCUGCGGGAGUUAUUGAGGUGACUGAAAGACCAGAUGCUGAAAGAAGGAGGUGGUUUAAGAAGGAGCAUUGGGACCAAAGAUUGCGGGAAGCACAGGAGAUGGGUACUCUGGUCUUGCUUAGUAAUCUGGAUCCAUCCUUUUCCUCCAUUGACGUAGAGAACAUAGUUUGGUCUGCUCUCCAAAAGAAGGUUGACGCAAGGCUAAUAGAACAGAGAGUGAAAUCCAAUGAUUACUAUGGUAGAGCACUGGUUAUUUUCAAGACAGAAGAUGCAGCUCAGUAUGCAAUGUCUGAGUUGAAUAGGAGAUGCCUUGUUCUUGAAGAUGGAAGGGUUGUCAGAGCCCGAAAGGGAACUAUAACAGAACCCAACAAGCAACGCAAAUUCCAUGGUCAUUUGACCAUUGACAGAAUCCCACCUGAAAGGCUGCGCCCAGAAAUGAGAAAUGCAGUAUCAACAUCACAUUGUGCUCAAGGCAAUACAAUUGAAUAUGAGAUGGCUAGUGACUGGCUCUUGCAAUACAAGAAAUAUGAUGUCUCAUGGGAAGCAUUGUCUAAGAAACAAAGGAAAGAGAUAGAAGAUGUGAAGAACAAACUUAAACUGGACAGAAUUUUUGGUGAAACCUCCUAGCUAUUAACCAACUAACAAAUUUGAGUUUGACAGAACCAUGUUGUACUAAUCAUGUUUCUGCAGUACAAGAAAUUCUUCUUGGCAUACAGUGUUCACCAUUUUUUGUAGGGUCUAACCGAUUUGAUAUCAGCUAUAUGUUUUUUGGAUGGCAUGACACUACAUUCAUUGUUUUUUGAACAACUAAGGGUAAAUAUAUACACAUACAUUCUCUUCAU